AUGACCGAGGACGAGUGUCAAGUGUUUGCGCGCGCGGCCGAAAAGAUAGCCGAGGAACGGUCCAUGGAGCGGAUCGCGUCCACGUUCCGGACCGCUGCGGCCGCGGCCGCCGAGGAUUACAUGCGCCGCGGUGGCGUCCACGGUGGCGGCGAGUACGGCACGGCGGCCGGCUGCGUGGUCGGCGAUUACACGCCCCCGCACGCCAUGCCGCUGUUGCCGGACAUGCCGACCAGGAGCAGGAGGCUGCUGGAGAACCUGGGAAGUUCGCCGAUCACGGAUUCCGUGCUAUUGGACGGCGAACAGAAAGCCAUGCAGAAGAAAGUCAACUUUCUCAACGUCCUCUGA